CCCACGCCGCGCUGCUUUCCGUACGGGGCGGGGUGUCGCUCGAUCCGGCGCACAGAGCGGAGCGCACCGUCCCCAGCUGCUCUCCCCGCAUCGUCUGCCCGUCUGCCCGGACAACAUGGGUCUGGAGAAGGAGAAAUCGGACACCAGCAUAAUUAUGGACGAGGACGAGUUCAACCGGUCGAUAGAGCCCAUUCUGUCGAAGAAGGGGAAGUCGUACACCGCGGCACCGGACCGAGAUCCGAACGAUAUCAACGCGCACUUGAAGGUUGGUUUUGAGGAUGUCAUCGCGGAGCCCAUCUCCACGCACAGCUUCGACCGAGUGUGGAUAGGAAGCCACGCCGUGUUCGAGCUGGUCAAAUUCAUCUUUUACCGCCUCCUGACCACGCUGCUGGCCGUGCCCGUGGCUUUCGUCCUCGGACUGGUCUUCGGGGUGCUCAGCUGCAUCCACAUCUGGUUAGUGAUGCCUGUGAUCCAGAGCUGCAUGAUGCUCUUACCGUCUGUCCAGGUGGUGUGGAGGAGUGUGACGGACAUGUUCAUAACGCCGCUCUUCCACGGCAUGGGAAAGAGCCUGUCCUCCAUUCACGUCAAGACCACCGAGAACUGAGGAAGACGCCGCUCUGUCUCUGAGGAGAAGGAAAUGUAGGGCAGAAAUGGAGUCCCUCUGGAAAAAAAAACAAAAAACAAAAAAAAAAAGAGUGAAUGAUGCUGGCGGAAUACGUGCGUGGCUUCUUAUAAAGUCCAAUCUGAAAUCCUGCAGAAUCCUGUAACGGCUGUAAAACUGUCUCACCCUAUGGCCACAAAGGUCGAGUUCGUCAAACGUCUUCAGUGCACAGAAUCUGAUUAUGUAGUCUCACCGCAGGUCCCGUGCACUGGGUAAAUUGUAACAGAGAGAAAACACGUCUGGGUCACACGUAUGGUUACACAUCAUUUCACCCACUUUAAUUUCAGUGCGGUCAUUCAUAUUCACGCCGCCAUUUACACGGCGUUGAAGCAACGGUAAUUCGUAGCCUAGAUGCCACAGAGUGUCACCUUCUUAACCAGAUUCGUCCGGGCUUGAGCCGAGACUUCGUCUCAAGAAAUAUGUGCUUUCGGCUGCUUAUGGUCGAUAUAAACCUGCACAUCGCAACGGGAACACAAGCGGUUAUAGACAAGACAUUUUUACUGUUCGAGACUUAAUAAGGAGCUCGUGUGCACCACCCAAAAUGGAGUCAUUUUGCCGGUUGUGACCAAAAGAAAUUCUAGUCAUUCCAUUACUCUGUGGCUGAGAGAGAUGUGGAAUCAGUUGGAGGAGUGUAUAACAUUAACGUUUAGGCAAACAUACUGCUGACGUGCUAAGAGAUGUAAUAUUUCUGCUUUUUUUAAAAAAAAUCUUGUAUAUAUUGCAAAUAAUUCGACUAGAUGUUGAACGUAAUGAACUGAAUCCGAGUGGAUAGUCAGCGAGAGAGUAGUUUAUUUGAAUAUUACUUGCUAAGACGCAGCUAGGUGCACAUCUGCAAGCUUAUUUAAUCUGCUGCGUUUGAUCUCAGAGCGCAGCGGCGAUGACGCGGGGAAUUUGCUCUCACGCGGGCCUGCAGCCGGCUGUACGCGCCACGGCUGCUUUAACGCGUCACUGAACUAUGCUAACUAUGCUAACUUAAAAAAAACAAAAAAAAAAACAGGAUCGCAUAUUCCGUGGUGGCCUUGUAAUUCGUUAUUUAUGCAAAGACCAAUUCUGCAAUGGCAAACACCGACAUGUGGCAGCAUCUGACAUCACAGAAGUUCACGUCCGUAAGUGUAGCGUGAUGAAGACGCACCACGUUACUCUGGUACAUGCGUAUUUAAGUUAGAGGAGCUUGUUGUUUGCUUCGGUGCUGCAAGUUAGCGGGCUGGGUUUCGGAAGACUCCUGCAAUACUUUGCUGUGGAUUUGAUGAAGUGGAGUUUCAGGUACAAAUUUGGAAGGUGGUACAGGAGAGAAUCAGUGUGGACAGUGGUGGAGCUGAGAGUCAGGCGGAUGCUCAGGCUGAUUUGUGCUGUAUAGCGAGAUUUCAGCUUUUCCACUGCGCACUUUAAUUUUGUCAUUACGAGCGCAAACUCUGAUAAAACAGACACAUACUGUAUUUUCUAAUACCAUGUACUGUAUCUGUCUUUAAUGAUUGGAACCGAUGUCUAUUUUUCAUGUGAUGGAUGCCAUAAAAAUUUACCAUCAAUA